CGUCGAGGCGCCUACAGCACCGUUGUCUCUUUAGUCGGACGCAGUUUUUAAUACCGCUUACUGCAUUUUCAAUUUUCCGAUGAAAUUGAUGUUGAUAAUUCUCUAAAAUAUUAUCGAAAUACGGCCAUCGUCUGUCCGCGCUUAUCCGUAAUUGAAAUUGAAAAUCGUGUAUCAAUUUUGACGAUAUAAUUGAAAACAUAUAGUUCGAUCAAACUCGCCAUGGAUUGCAAAAAGUGUCGUCUACCAGUGAUAACAAAAGAUCACCCGUACAUUUAUUGCAACGGGUUGUGUGCUGCUGUACACCAUGCCGCUUGUGUCGGGUUGAGUAAUGUCGAGCUUGCUUCGGUAUCACCGCCGAACAAAAACAAUAUGUGGCUGUGUGAUGAGUGCGUGGUCGAAUUCGUUCAAUGGAGAAAAGAACGAAGUGAAAACAACAAAUGUUCAAUCGCCGAAUCAGUAUCGGAGCCAAAAUGCCCCCUUCAACGUGACGUCGAAGAGUUGAAGAACAAAGUAGAAUCCAUGCGGUUGGUUCUUGCUUCACAUGAAGCUUUCAAUGUGGAUGCUGGAAUACGACACUCAACUCCAAAUGCCCCAAACUCAUCGCGGCAAAUGAAUAGCAAUAGCAGAUCACGUGAAAUAUCAGAUGUACUACCUGAUGCUUCGGACCGGUUGACAGAUUCAAUACGUGAAGAUGAGAGUUUCGACUUGCUACUUACCAACAUCGAUGGAAGCGUUACGGAGGAUGAUAUACAACGAAUGGUCGUUCGUAGUUUAGGCGCACACGACAAUGAGUUCAUACAUGUACGAAAACUUGUUCCACGAUGGGUUGACUGCAGCACUCUGGACUACAUCUCUUUUAAAGUCGUCUUGAAUCGUAAAUGGAAAUCAAGCGCAAUGUUAUCAACGACUUGGCCUCAGAACGUUAAAUUUCGCGAGUUCCGUAAAAUACGAUGCACGUGGAGACCCGAACUUGUGUGAUAAGAUAUGUUUUUAUUAAUUUGCAAUAACAAUUACUCUUGCUUUAUGUCAUAAUUGUAGUUGUGUGCUAGAUUUGGUAGAGUUAAAUAGUAGAAGUUUUGUACCUAAUGUUUGUGUUUCCAAUGUUCAAGCUAAUUUUUUUUAUUGAUUUCUUGUUUUUGUAUGAAUAUUGGUUAUGUUUAUUUUUAGUUUUAAGUUUACAUCAUUGGGGCACUAGUAAGCCUGUUGAUGUUAUGAAUAAUAAAUAAAUAAAUAAAAUCCAACUCGACUGCAAUUGAUGCCGUUGAAUGAGCUCGAGGCGAAUUUGGAGUAGCAUCUGGGGAUUUGCAAAACUCAUCCAUGCAUUCAUCACAAAUCCAAAUCAUAUUUUUGGACAGCGCACACAAGUCAGCCUCACUAACACCAACACAUGAUGCGUGAAACCUUCUAGCACAUCUUCCUUCACAUAUGGUGUAUAGACGGUUCAUAACAUCGAUGUCUGUGGUGCACUUCUUGCAUUCGGUAUUCAUAGUAGAAGACAAAAUCACAAUGGCUUAGGUGUUCGAGUUGGCAAUUAAUUAUCACUAAUUCGUUUAAUAUUGGCGAAAUACGAUGAACUUGUUACUGUGAGCGGUAAACCAUGUAAUCAGAUGUAUCGGCCAGUACGGAGUUAUAUUUUUAAAACGUGUUUUAACGGCUAUAACAACUUAGAAUGCGGACCGACGGGAACAGCGAAGCACUCAAACACUCAAACAGAGCCUUUUUUUUGAGUUGAUUGGUAUAUGAGACUCGGCCCUGCGGGCCUCGGAUCGAAAGUCGGUUUUUCGAGCGGUAUUUAUACCCUUCUUAUGGGUGUAAGAAGGGUAAAAAGAUUUCUUCGUACACCUUCGACGAUUUCAGCGCACUUUUUUUCAGGAUAGUGAACAUUUUUAACCUUACCUAAAUCUAUAGGCGAAACACGAAUAGCUGCUAUUCCUCGGUUGAAUAUUUCGACGUCUACAGGCAUCGUGAAGUCUUCAUUUGAUUGAAUUGUGCUUAACGUUGACGCUGAUGGUAUCGUGACCAAACUUUCAUAGCUUUGCGAAUCAGGUACAUCAGGUAUGCUCUGAACAGUUGGCAUCCUUGAGCCGCCGGCUACGCUUUGUUCUUCGUUUUGGGUGAGGUGAGCUCUUGAAUCAAUCUGUAGACGGCAGGACGAGCAAAUACAAAAAUCCUUGGUGUUCAGUGUGGAUACCUUGGAAAAUCCAAUUGAUUUUAGUUUUUGGAUGAUACCAUCCGUGAGAUAUCUCAGUCCCGUAACGUGGGCAGAUCACCUUGUAAUGGUGCGUUACGGUGUAAGAUCUACCAUAACAAAUUUUGAUCUUGUAAUUUUUUAGCUUUGUUAAUUUGAAUGCAGGAAAAUUCCAAGAUCACAAUUUGUUCUACUUUGUUUUUUUUAUUAUGUUUUUCAUUGUUAAUAAACCAUUUAUUUCAGGAGGAUUCAGCUAAUUUUUGUCUAUGUCUAGAGAGAUUUAUAUCCAAAAAUUAUGUAACUGUUGUGAGCCUAUCACCAUUUAAUACUAUUUUCUAUUCCAGAUGUACAAGGCAGCCCAGCAGUCGCGACGACAAAACAUCCUUCUUAUUUUUUGAAGGGUCAAGAUCGCCAUAUCAUUCGGUGGCGUGGCGGGUAGACCACGUUGUCCGCAUCGUUUUUCUUCGAGCCGAGUGUCGUAAUGUCGCGUUUUUUUUCGGAUCGCCAACUUUUUUUUACUCGUUUUACGCGAUUUUUUCUUUUUUUUUUUUUGUUCAACACGAUUUUUAAUUUUUUUUCUUUUAUUUUAUUGUUUCUCGAGUAACCAUUUUUUUCCUCGCGUUUUAAACAUUUAGGUAUUGCAAAGUUCCGAUGACCCUGGAGGGAUCGGUUCUGCUUGUGCCUCGCACUGAGCCGAAACAUACUUAUCUAUACAAUAAAUAGAAAUAAAUAUCUCCUAAUUUAUUUUCGUUCAACUCGUUUUACGUGAUUUUUUUUAAAUUAAUGAGAUGUUUUUCUUUUUUUUCGUUGUUUUCGCGUUUUUUUUAAUGUAAAUGGAAGUUUUUUUUCUCGGAUCGCCAACUUUUUUAUCACGCGUUUCAAACAUUUAUUGUAAUGUUCCGAUGAUCCUGGAGGGAUCGGUUCUGCUUGGGCUUCUCACUGAGCAGAAACAUAAUUAUUUAAACAAUAAAUAAAAAAAAUCUCUUUUGAUUGCCGGCGUUCAAAAGAUUAAAUUUUAACCAAAUAAACAACCAAUCGGCACCAACAUUUCAAAAGGGCGUAACUGCUUUUGCAACCAAUGCCUUCUCACAGAGCUGUGGGUCGUAUUUCAUUCAUCUCACGCAAUUCACAUCCAUUAAUCGAAAGAGGAGGAUUUUAUCUUUCUAUUUGUGCUAGUAGAUUGCUCGAGAGGGAUGGGAUACGCUCCACAGCUUUGUGAGAAGGCUUUGGUUGUAAAUGCAGUUACGCCCUUUUGAAAUGUUGGUGCCGCAAUAUCGUGGGUCCAUCGCCAGCUUUUCAGGCGAAUCCUUGACCUACAUAAUACUUCUCUCAACCACCCACUCCGUAGUACUUAUGGGAGUGUCACUGAGUCGGAGGCCUCUUAAAUAAGUGCUACAUCAACAUUUCCUUCCCCUACCCCAAGUUACGGUAAAGAUGGGCGUGGCCGGAAUAAUGACAUUUGUGCUUUUGGUAUUCUUGCAUAAGAUUGGAGCAAAGUUAACUCCCCGGCCUUGUUCCGAAAAGCAAUCCGAGCAAGAUUAGCAAAAGGUACAUGAAUGUUGUUAGUAUCCAAUCUACGAAGUAUACCGUAACUACGAUAACGCUAACGAUACCAUCCGUGAGAUAUCGCAGCUCUUUCGAACACUGAAUGUCUUUGAAUGGACGAAUACAUCUGAUUUUACUCAUUUUAUAAUCUGUAGCAUAGAAAAUAUUUUCCAAUUGUUAGUUUUGUACGAAAAUAUCACAAAACAUAUAAUUAAAAUGUGUAUUUAAAACUUACCUUUGCACCAAAACGUGUUACACUUUCCUUUACAAUUAUUACCGUCGUGCGGGGCUACUUUUGAAAUACGGGGCUACUUUGGACACUUUUGAAUAUGGAUUUUUUGAAUUUGAAAUAUCGUUCAAAUCUGUUUGAUGUCUUUGGGACUAUUAUGACGCAAUAUUUUCCCCUUCAUUUGGUUGAAAUUGUUUUUCAAACAAACUCUUUAUUGCUUGUCAGGAGGCGAAAAAACAUCGAAUGAAUCAUAAAAAUAUACAUAACGUAUCAGAACAUUUGCUCUGUAAGCAUUGUUUCUGCAGUUCAUAAAUUUCGAAGGGUUGCUCAAUUCGUGCAAGAAGUAUCGACAUAGCAUAUACAAUCGAAUAUUUGUAUGGAUACACAAUAUAAAUGACCGUUUCACCUAAAUAAUGGAAUGAUGGCCCCCAGACAGCCUUUUAGUCUAUAUUGAAAUAUCACGCUGCUCAUAAAAAUAAAGGUAACACAGAACCAACUAAAAACGCAUAUAUUUAUUGAAAUAAUGUUUGAUAUAGUAUACAACAGUAUUGGUACAAAGUAGUAUUCUAAGUAAACCCGGAAUUUUAACUGCAGUUUUGUUUUAAUUAUGAAUGUCCAAAGUAGCCCCCCUCUGGUUCUAUAUGAUAUGUCUCCGAUUGAUGUAUGGACAACUUUUUUGUUUAUGGAUGGAUUUAGUUCAAAUUGUGCAUGCAUCCUACAUACAUACUCACAAUUAUUAUGUGUAAAAAUUGUGGAAAUACAUUCACUACUCUGGGAGUUAUAAUGUCAUAAAGUUGAAAAACCAUUAAAAAGUGUAUAAAGAAGCCCCGCACGACGGUAUGUUAUCAAACAACACUGGAUCUAGUUCAAAAACACUGGAUUAUGAGCUGAAAUUACUAUGAAAUCACUAUGCUUCUAGCAACCUUUCUGCAUUUACUGUUUGGUUUUCCCUAGUAGAUACUGGAUGAAUUCAGAACCGAAUCAGACAUUAUUAUACAGCUCACGGGUAUAAAUCAUAGAAUGCUGGGUAAAGACUGUUG